GAGGAUAGGCGGUCGAAGCCGUGCAAGCGCGGCUCUCGCCAUGCCAUCAUGUCCUCUACUCGCUUACCUCCUGUAGCGCUAACCCUCAAACAGUUCAUGAGAAGGCAACAAGUCCUCCUUCUAUAUAGAAAGAUUUUACAAGCAAUUCGCCAGGUACCAAAUGAACGUGACCGCAAGUAUCUACAGAACUGGGCAAGGGAAGAAUUCAAAAGAAAUAAGAGUGCCACAGAAGAGGUAAGGAUGGUCAAGAGCUCAACCUGGUGGCGGCAGGCCCCACUUUCACUACUGUCCAGCUUCUUUUCAGUGAUUGGAUAUAAUCCGAAUGAUGAUCACUCAAGGAAAUCUGCAACUGAAAGAACUGGAGAAAACAUUAAAUUUGGCAAAAGUGUAACUUCAUAAUUUCCCCAAAGGUUUUUCAAAAUCUAUGUUGGAGUACUACAAGAUAAAUGGAGUUUAAAACUCAUUGCAAGGAGUAGAAAGCUAAUGUGUUUGUAACAACCUUUGCCUGGUGAUGAUCCCACUACAGACUCAAAGAACGUGCUACAUUUGUGCAAAAUAGCCUCAUAUGGACCCAGACUUGUGUUAAGAAGAAAAUAAAGAGCAUCUUGGGAGUUGCCUUAGCAGUGAACAGUACAUACCAAGGAUAUGUUUUAUUAUUUUGGAUAUGCUAGUCAGUUUUCAUGAGAAAUAACACUACCAAAACAUAACAUAUUGAUAAAAAAAAAAUUAAAAAUGUGGUUUCUUGCAUGUUA